AUGGAGGGGUCAGGCACGCGCUUCGAGAUGGAGCUGGAGCUGAUGAAUUGCCUUGCCAGUCCGGAGUACUUGCAUUACUUAGCUCAGGGUGGAUACCUGGACGACCGAGCGUUUAUCCGGUUUCUGGAGUAUCUGCAGUACUUCAAACGUCCAGAGUACGCCAAGUUCAUCACGUACCCGCACUCCCUGGCCAUGCUUGAUCUGUUGAUCAACAACCCGCCCUUCCGCAAGUGCAUGAAUGCACUACUCAACUGCCAACAGCAGCUGGGAUACAACGGGUGGGCCCGCCAAGGCUUGGUAUUGGUUUGCAUGGGAGAUACACGCGUUGUGUCUCGGGCGAUGCUGCUACUGUAG